AUGACUGUGGACGAGGCAACCCAGGUCAAUGGCGUGCCCGACACCAACGCCGGCGUACUUGACGCCAACAAAGUAAAGCAGAGUGAUUGGUCAGUCGAGAGCGUCCUUGCAGAAAACAACCUCCGCUACGCUGAGAACACCGACUCGCCCGUCCCCUUCUUCCACCUUCUCGAACGCUUAAAGACUACCAAACGCGCAGGAUGGCAGCGCUUCCACAUUGGAGACGGCGAAUCUAUAUCCGACCACAUGUACCGCAUGAGCAUCCUCACCAUGAUGGCGCCCGCGUCUCUGAGCUCGAAACUUGAUAUUGCCAGAUGCUGCCGCAUGGCUGUUAUCCACGACAUGGCUGAGGCGCUUGUUGGUGACAUCACACCUGUAGACGGAGUUUCCAAGGAGGAGAAGAGCAGGAGAGAAGCCGAGACAAUGGACUACAUCUGUACCACCCUGCUGGGCAAGUUCAACGGGGGACUCAACGGCCAGGACAUUAGGGCGAUAUGGCAGGAAUAUGAAGACAGCAAAACUCCUGAAUCUCUCUUCGUACACGACAUCGACAAGAUCGAGCUUUUGGUUCAAAUGGUAGAAUACGAACGCAAAUCAAACUGCGAGCGAGACCUAGGAGAGUUCCAGUGGGUCGCAGGACGCAUCAAGAGCGAGGAGGUCCAAGCAUGGGCACAGCAGAUCUUCCGAGAAAGGGAACAGAUGUGGAAAGAUGCUGGUAAGACACCGAAGCCUCGCGAGGAAUACGAGAGGUCAUAG